UAGUGAUUUUCCUCUCAUCCAAAAGCUCAUCUCACGGAUCUUGCCUCUCUCUCUCUCUCUCUCUCCUGCCUAUCCCAUCCUUUCUCUAUAUAUAAAUCACCCUUAGCUGUUGCAGGGCCUAGACAAUUCAGCCGUCGAGAUUUUCUAGGCUUGCAAGAUACAAGCCUCUCUUCCUUCCCAGAAACACGGUACACCCAAUACAAUGGCUUCUUGGAAAAAAACCAUCACAACCCCAUUCAAAAAAGCCUGCACUUUCUUCAACCAGCAGCCGAGGGAUCAAAAGAAGCCACAACCAGAGAAUGAGAAUCGUGCGUCGGAUUUGCAUGGUGAAGUGAUGGCAUGCGCUUAUGAAGAUGUUCAAGUGAUGUGGUCAAUUCUGGACAAGUCCAAGUCCACACCCUGCAACAUUACUUCUUGAUAUAUUAACCCAAAGCCUCCACCCCCAAGGAAAUUUAAAACCAGAAAUACAAAAGCAAAAAAGUUUGCCCGCCUCAGCUGUCAGCAACUAGUUAUGAUAUGGAAUUUUAAGAAUCAUGGUUUCAUCAUUCUGGCUCUAUUCAUCCGGAUCUGGUAUGCAUGUGACACUUUUGUGUAUAUAUAUGUCAGUUGGGCUGACAAACUUGUUGAAAUAGUAGCAGGACGAAGGAAACCCAAGAAGAAAAUGGGGUCACAGAAAGAAAGAAAGAAAAUAUUAGAGGGGGUGGAGGGGAAGGGUGUUCUGGCAAAAUUAAUGCAAUGCCUUAUGCCCCUAUACAUUUGAUGCUGGUGGCAGUUUGAGACUUCCUUUUUUAGUCUUUUUUUUUUCUCAGCAUGUAUUUUCUUUUUAUAGGGAAUCCCCGUGAUGCAUGAUUAAUAUCAUGGUGAGAUUUUUAGUAGACAUUCAGAUUUGCCAAGGAAAAAAGAAAAGAAAUUCAAAUUUUUCCUUA